UGUCACAAUAGGCUCACUGAUCUGUUUCUUUACCCUUCAAGCACUCACAUCUCUCUCUCUCUCUCUCUCUCUCUCUCUCUCUCAUCUCUACACAGAGGAACACUAUGAAAGUCUAACAAGUAACACCACACUAUGAAAGUCUAACAAGUAACACCCCCUCCAUGUCGGACGCAAUUACAAUCAUGCCAUCCCGUCCCUCCCCACCGCCUCACAACCACCACCGUCAUCACCAUCAUAGUUUUCUCCUCCCUCUGCUCCUCCCCAUAAUCCUCACGCUCCUUCUCAUCCUCCUCUUAACCCUCCUACUCCUCCUAUAUCGCAAGCUCUCCCUCAACCGUACCACUCCAUCCGACAACCACCAGCGCCGCUUCUCCUAUUCCCUUCUCCGCCGCUCUACUUCCUCCUUCUCCUCCUCCACCCUCCUUGGCCAUGGCGGCUUCGGCUCCGUCUACAAAGCCACCCUUCCUUCCGGCCAGUUCCUUGCCCUCAAGCUCAUGGACUCCCCCGGCUCCCUCCAAGGCCAGCGCGAGUUCCACAAUGAGCUCUCCAUCGCCUCAGCUUUUCACUCCCCUCACAUCCUUUCUCUUCUUGGCUUCUCCUCAGACCGCCGCCGCCACAAGCUCAUCCUCGUUUACGAGUACAUGCCCAACCGUAGCUUACAGGACGCGCUGCUCGACAAGAAGUGCCCUGAGCUCAUGGAAUGGAAGAAGAGAUUCGACAUUGUUUCUGAUAUUGCCAAGGGUCUGGCUUACCUCCACCAUUCCUGCGAGCCACCAGUAAUCCACGGAGAUAUUAAGCCCAGUAAUAUUCUUCUGGAUGCUGACUUUAAUGCCAAGAUCGGGGAUUUCGGUCUGGCGAGGUUGAAGACCGAGGAUCUGGUAGAGAAGAGGGAAGGUGGAGGGGUCGAGGCUGGAGAGGAUAACGGAUCGAUUUUGGAGGAGACAGAGAGCGUGACGACUGGGUUCGAUGAGGCUGGUGGGUUGCCCGUUGAUCGAUCUCCGGAGAGUUGCGUAAUUAGGAUCUUGGAUUCGGAGGCGUCGCCGGAGAAUGCGGCGGUUUCACCGGAAGCCGGGAUCGACAAGGCUAGCGCAUCUGAAGGGUGCUUCGAUAAGCUCAGCGUUGAUAGUGGCAAAGACUUGACCGGUAAUGGUAGAAAGAAUGGGGGUUCGAAGAGGGAUUGGUGGUGGAAGCAGGACAAUGGGGGUGGGUCCGAGUCUGGGAGAGUGAAGGAUUACGUGAUGGAGUGGAUUGGGAGUGAGAUUAAGAAGGAGAGGCCUAAGAGUGAAUGGAUUGCUUCCCCGAGCUCGGCGGAGAAUGAUGGGUUGGGCUUAAAGACUGAGCAGAAGCAGAAGAAGAAGCAGAGGAAGAGAUUGGAGUGGUGGGCCUCACUGGAUGAGGAAAGGAUGACGAGAAGGAAAGAGAAGAAUCGGAAGCCGAGGGAGUGGUGGAAGGAGGAGUUUUGCGAGGAGCUCUCGAAGAAGACGAAGAAGAAGAAACGAGCGCUUGGAUCGAGUAGCGGUAGGGAAUUGUGGUGGCAGAAGGAUGAUGAUGACGAUGAUGUUGUUGAGGAUGUGGUGCAGCAAGAGAGGAAGAAGAGGAAGAGCAGUCGAGGUAGCAUCGAUUGGUGGUUGGACGGAUUGAGCGGCGAGCUCCGAAGUGGGCGCAGACAUAGCCAGGAUUGGGGUAAUGGAGCAGAUAUACCCAAGAGCGGCGGUAUUAGUAGCACACCCAGUAUGAGAGGAACUGUCUGUUACAUUGCUCCUGAAUAUGGUGGUGGGGGGAUGCUCUCCGAGAAAUGUGACGUUUACAGCUUUGGAGUUCUGCUUUUGGUUAUUGUUUCGGGGCGGAGGCCACUCCAAGUGACGGCCUCGCCAAUGUCCGAAUUCGAGAGGGCCAAUCUGAUUUCUUGGUCUCGUCAACUUGCCCGAAACGGGAAGCUUUUGGACCUUAUUGAUUUGUCUAUUCAUUCAUUGGAUAAGGAACAGGCAUUGCUUUGCAUUACAAUCGCACUCCUGUGUCUGCAAAAAUCGCCGGUGAAGCGACCCACAAUGAAAGAUAUUGUUUUGAUGCUAACUGGUGAGGCUGAGCCACCCCACCUCCCAUUUGAGUUUUCACCGUCUCCGCCUUCGAAUUUCCGGUUCAAGACCCACAAGAAGGCCCGGCCUUUUUCUGCGUGGAUUAUCUUCUCUGGCCUACGAAUUCCUUUUUCAUUCUAAACUUUCGGAGAGCUAUCAUGAUUCGUGGGACUCACGAGGCGCAACCAACCCACUCUUGUCCUUAGCUCUCAGAAGUUGAUGAAUUUGAGGAAUCCCAUGUUUAUUAUUAGUGAAAGCUAAAAGGAGUUAUGGGGACAACUUUUACUUUUGGAAAUGGUGAGGCCAGCCCACUUUGGCAGAUCUCGUUAGUGCCUUUGAGACCCGAAUGAGCAGCUUUGCCUGUAUGACUUUUAAGGACCUAUGGGGGCCCCGGGGGAAGAUGUACCCUUUUUUCUGCUCUGCGACCUUUUGAAAGUUGGCUGAUUUUUGUGCCACAUUAGUACCAGUUACAGUAGAAGGGAACAAAUCUUUGGUCCCAGUCAUUUCUUUUCAAAAGCAAGUGGAAGAUCCAUUGGCCUAGUAAAUGGGAGAACAAAAAUGUUAUUGAGUGGUAGGAACACUUGGGUUCUCUUCUUGGGUUAAUUUUGGCAUCUCCCAACCCUUAAGAAUACAUGGUGGAGGGUGAGAUCCAAACAGAAAAGAUUUAUUAAAAAGGUCAGCGUCAAUUUCAUGGGUAAAACAGAAACGCCAUGCAUUCAGGAGUUAUUACCAAAAGCUCAGUAUGCCGUUUCCUGAUCAUAAAUUCCUGUAUCAGUAGUUUAUGAGGAUGUGCAUAGAUUCAAAAACAAGAUUGCAUAUAUUCUUCUUUGCAACAGUUGAGAAGGAAGCAGGAGACUAGUUUCAGGUGACUUCAUUGACUUUAGAAUCUAUUCAUAAUGUUUAUAUUCCAGAUCAUAUGCUUUGUGGAGGUUUAAAAUGCUUGUCACGUUCAUUGAAUUGAAUGUGAUUCUGGGCUGACAGCUCUGGUGGGAAGAAGAAUAUUCUUUGGUGCCAACCUUUUGUGAUUGUCACCAAGCUUACCCUACAUGGCUGAAAUAAGGUUUAUCAACUUUGGAGUUUAUGAACUCAAUUAGGCUUUGGUUAGGUGAAGAAUAAACUCUAGCUUGAUCAAUAUUCUUAACGUAAUAAUUUUGUUCUUGAUUA